AUGUCCGACACCUGUAUUGUGUGCUUAGGAGACCUUGGCGAAAGCGCCAGCGAUCCUCUUGCCGUCGCCGCCGAGGCCGCGCCAAGACUUGACCUCGGGGCAGAGGGCAAGUCGGCGGAUACCUCUCUCAAUCUCGAUGGCGUAGAUGGCACGGAGGAUUCGGGUCAGAUCGCUCAGCUCCUCCCUUGCGGGCAUAUCCUGCACAAUAACUGUCUGAAGCCCUGGGUCGAGCGAGCCAACAGCUGUCCGAUAUGUCGUCGGAGUUUCAACAUGGUCGAACUAAGUGACCGCCCUGGUGGCCCCGUCACAUCUUCCUAUGCCGUGCAGGAUCGAGUCCAGCAAGCAGAAGUCGACCCCUCGAUGAUAAUCGAAUAUAUAGACGAUGACUUCGCCGAUUUCCAACCWUGUCCUAUCUGUGGGGAUGCAGACAAUGAAGAGCUGCUUCUCCUUUGUGAUGGCUGCGAUGUACCCUCUCACACAUAUUGCGUUGGCCUCGAUUCUGUCCCCACGGGUCCUUGGUACUGCGCACGGUGUGUGACGCAACGUCGUCUCGGGCGGUCUUCUGAGACUGCCGACUGGUCUUCCCAGGCACCAGACAGGCGUGGUCGUCGCACAAGAGCACAGCGACGCAGACUGCAGAGCAGAAACCAGCUCAACUCCCUACACUGGGCCCGCGUGUGGCAAUCUGUCUGGGAUCACCUCAACCUCGACUUGGACUUUCCGUUCGAUGAUGACAUGGCUGCGGAGCGCGCUCGACAAGAGCAACGCCGGGAAGAAGCCCAUCAGCGUGAUUUCCGAGCCUGGCAACGUCGCUUUGAAGUUGCCGAACAACAGGGUGGUGGCAAUCGGUUCCGAGACACUGCCGCUCUAUUGGAUAUCGAGGCGCCUCGCCCUUCGCGGCCUCGCGUUCCGCGUGAGCCCACCCCGGAGCCCGAGUCUCUUGAAGAGAUGAGGGCCUGGAAUGCUUUCGAGCGUGCCCGCGAAAUUGAGAAUGACCCAAGCGCGGCCCGGAAACGUAAAGAACCUACAUUGUCGCCCUCUCCCGAGCCUACCGAACCUGAACGCAAGCUGAAGCGGCCCCGGACACGGAGGGCUGAAGACCUGGCAGCUCGGGCUAUGCAGAAUGGCGAGCCCCUCCUCGCCUUCCAUCUCACCUGCCCCGUCAAACCAUUCUUCCCCGCGUCUAUCUUCCGUCACACCGCCUCCAACCCUCCGAAGCAGGCCCAUGUCUCACUACAACUGGGGUCACCAGCAGAUCCGUCCUCUCCACCCUUCUCGCCAGAUGUGUCGCCGGCUGGUUCCGCUCGCAGUGCCCAAGAUGAUCACACAUCACAAGUCCCCACUCGCCGCCCGAAUCGUCGGAUACCUCGCUCUGCCACUCGAUCAGCAGCUAUCCGAUCCGACGAUAGCUCGCCCAGUCGUCCCGGCUUGUCCCUUAAAGUCAAGUCUGACAUACAAAAGUUGGUCGGGUCAUCGCUGAAGCCUUACUAUCGUUCGAAGACCAUCACGAAAGAACAAUACACAGAAAUCAAUCGCAAUAUAUCUAGGAAGCUGUACGAGCGUGCGGGCGACGUCGAAACGCUCGGGAUCGGGGCCAAAGCCACGCUGGCUACUGUGGCCAAGGACGAAGUGGAGAAGGCCAUUGAUGCGUUGAAGCAACUAAAUGACCUCAAUGACUCUGUUGAUGAUAGUUCUUGA